AUGUUAAAGAACCUUUUGCGUCCAUCAUCAUUCUCUCGAUUUUGUAGCAGCCUCGGCUCCAAAUCAUCAUCAAUUAUUGCUUCCUCAGCAUCAUCAUCAUCAUCAAUAUAUUUCAAUAGUAUUGCACAGAGUGCUCGUUUAUUUCAUUCUUCAAUAACAACAUGUGCUGGAGGCGCUGCUGAAGAAUCCAUUCUCGGUACAAAACCAACACUCAUGAAGGAGGGUUUCAAGUUGUCCGAGCUAGAAAGAAAACCUAGAAUCAGCCAUAGAGAAAGAAAACGAAGAAGAUUGGUGGCCAUUGAAAAGGCAAAGAGAGCAACCACUGGUGCUCCAAGCCUGCAAGAUGAAAUUUACAACAAGAGACCUGUGGUCGAAUUUCCAAAUCGUUAUUUUGCUCUCUAUCUUCCUUCCGUUGUCAAUAAGACUUCAAAAGUUGUUUUUCAUGUGCCAAUGGAUUACACAAAGCCAGAAAUUAAGGAAUAUUUAGAAACAUAUUAUGGACUCAGUAUUAAAUCUGUUGCCACCAUAAUUACACAAGGGCGACUCAAACGUAGUAGAAAAGUGAGAGGAAAAUUCGAUAAGGAACCCGACAUCAAGAAGGCAAUUGUAACUUUGAAUGAGCCUGUUGAUUUAGGUUUCAGUGAUGAGUUGAAGAUUGAAUUAUCUAGACACUACGACAAACGUUUGAACGCUAAAAUCAAGGAAGCACGAGCAGCUGCAGAGAAGAUGAAGGAUGAAGGAGCAGAUAUGCCUGAAGGCUCGGAGGAAGAGCAAAUGAAACAACUCGAAGAAGCCCAUCGUCAAAUGGAAGAAGCCAAAGCCAGAGUGAAACAAAACAAACCAGAAUCAGAAUCUGUCGAAGUGAAGGACAAGUAA